AUGCACCGUAACUACGCGGAACUGGACAAUCAACUGAAAGCACUUCGUCAGUCUGGUGAAUCUUGGGAAAAUUCGUCUCCACAAGUUGUCACUCCUGGAACUGUCGGUGGAAAAAUCUCAAGUAGAGAUUAUCUGCGUACACUUUUCGCCAUCCCUGUCUUGAUAAUAGCCAUGGAAACCAUCAAAAGUGAUAUCUGGAGGGCGUGGAUGGAGCGCCCACAAUACAACGAGCAAGGUGAUCCACUCCUAAUGCGGCAAGACGACAUCGAAAGAGUGGCGGCGGACCAAAUCAACCAGCUUCACCACUAUCGCAAAUCACUCAUUGAUUUGCGAACGUCUAUCACGGAUGAAGGAGGACAGAACACCUUUAACUUUCAACAACACAUGAACGCAGCCGUAGCUAAUCUACAAACGACAUUAGACAUAGCAUUGCUAGCCAUGAAACAAAGUGAAAUGCAGAAACCCAUCAUUGACGUCCACAUGGAAGAUAUGAGAAGCGGUACUUAUUCUGAAGGAAGAUCUGUUUCGUCGGAGCAAGAACAGCAUCAUCGUGAGCCCACGCCGGAGGGCAUCCGCAUGGAAGAUCACGAAAGAAACGCCAUCCAGGACAAUGCCGAAUUUCUCGAAGAAGUAGAAGGAUUCGAAGAGGCAGACGAAGUUGAAGUCGAGCAGCAGCCACAUGAUGAGUGGAGAGCGCGCAACAAAUUGAACGAGAGAUACAACAACUGCAAUCAGUCGUGCGCGAAUUUCCGACAAAUCAUCGACGAGCUUCGCAAGCAUCCUACCUGCCCACCUAGACGAUUCGGUCUCGGAGCCAUCAUCAAUGAAAGUGAACGUCAUAUGCGCUGCGCCUUCUGUAGAGCUAUCGGUCGUCACUAUUCUGAUUCUUGCGUUGAGAUAAGGUCUGUAUUAGUUCGCCGUAGAAUGAUCGAAGACAGAGGAAGGUGUGAAGAAUGUCUCGAAUAUUGCUACGGAGGAACUGACUGUCCCAAAUACGACGUGCGAUGUUUUCAUUGUCGGAAAUAUGAUCACCACACCGCCUUAUGUGAGCUCCCUGACAAGAGCGAAGAAAUAGCGGAAAAGAGAGCGAAAGCGCGACGUAGCCUGGCUGAAGCGAUGGAUCGGAUUGAGAAGCUGGAGCGCGAUCUCAGAUUCUUCCAGAAUUGA